ACCAAAUAUAUUAUUGAUGCGUAUUUUAGAGAGCAUGAAAAGUGCCCCAAGGGCUGCUUUAAAUCAGUCUGUGAAGCCUUUUCAUAUAUUACCUCAUCCUAGCCAACCUCCUGGUCGGCCAGACCCUGUGGUUGAAGGUCCACCUCUCACUCAAGCACCACCUCCCCCUACACUUCAAAGCUAUUCAGUUGCCAAUACUACCACUUCAUCUGCCUCAAGUACUACAGGACUUUCUGCCACUUUAGAGACUUCUCUCUUCUCUAGUAGCCGUCUGACAGGAUUGGCUGGUGGAGGGGAAGGGGAAGGUCAUGGAAAUGUGUAUGGAGGAAAUAUUAAUACUAUUGGAACCUCAGGAGUCACAGGAACUUUAGGUCGAGAAGGAAAUGGCAGUCAAGGUGUUACUUUAUCUAGUGGUCCUUCACAUCUUGGUUUAGGGCUUACCUCUUCUUCUUCUUCAGCAUCAACAGUACAUCCACCAACAUCACUGCUUACUGGAAAUCAACAUAGACAGACAACACCUCAGCCAUGUGCCAAGGCCCUCUAUAAUUAUGAUAGAAAGGAAGCAAGAGACCUGAGCUUCAAAAAGGGGGAAAUUAUCAAUCUUAGAAAAAAAAUUGAUGCAAACUGGUUCCAAGGAGAACUGAACGGCCAAAUUGGAUUUUUUCCAGCAUCCUAUGUUCAGCUACCUGUGAAUGAUGUUAGAUAA